AUGACGACUAACUAUUUGGUGCCAAACACUAAACCGAUUAAUGGAAAUGUGUUUCAUUCAUUCGAAAAGAUAAAUGAAAUAUUCGCAAAGAAUGACGGUAGAAGAUAUUAUAGAGAACUUGAAAGUUCAUGCUAUGACUCUGAUGCUCCAUAUUUUGAUGAUAAACAAACUCAUUUAAGAAUUACAAAUCCGGCUCAUGAUGUGAACCAAUUAGGUGACACAUAUAUUAAACGCAAAGUUAAAGCAACUCUAGUUUCAAAUAAAGCUUUCACAUGUGAUGCCGCUUUUAAAUGCAUGCGUUUAUUCGUUGGUUACAAAUCAUCAAAUCAAAGCUUUAAACAAUUAGAAGUAGAAACCGAAAGAGGUGAUGCCGGUUAUCUUCAGAUGGAUUGCGCCCGUGAAUCUUUCGCAUUUGCAACAUAUAAACCAAAAUCAGAAAGGAAAGUUAAAAAGUUUGUUCAUUCGUUAUAUAAUAAUGUUCAAAAAUAUGAUAACUCAGUAUGUGGUAAAUAUAUUGACCCUUCAGAAGUUUUCAAGAAAGCAAAUGAAGAAGUUGAUAUCACUUUUGAUAUGAUUAUUCCGGUAAAUGAUUUGUUAGCAUUUCAGGCGUUCGAUGAUUAUCCUAAAUCAUUUGGUGAUAUCAUUCUUAAAUAUUAUGUUUUCAGGGAUACUUUAGUAUUUUGUCAGGUUGACCCGUUAAGAGUUGCUGAUUUACAAAAUUACGUUUAUGAAAAGAUAACUGAUGAAAAUUAUGAAAAGAUUAUGAAUCAUGUUUAUAAAUAUGAUCGCAAAUUCCAACAAAUCGGACUUCCUGCCAAAUUAAUUACAAGCUUAGCCGCUACAUCUGCUGACGCAACAGUUGAUGACGUUAUUAUUUCAUGCACAA